GGUACAGGGGGUUCAGGGCAGUCUUAAUACCAGAGAAUGAAAACCAGAAGGGACCCACUUUCUUAAACAGGAAAUAGAUACUCCAAAACCACUCCCUGGUCACAGCGCAGAGAGCUGCUAUGUGCUUGCCUUGGAACGCCUCUGAUGCACUAAUCCACAUGCUCUGAGCUGGUUGUUCUCUCCCACGGAGAAGCUGCAGAUUCAGUCUUUGACCUCACACACACAGUACCUGGGCUCAAGGUGCUGAGGAACCCCCAGCCCCCCGACUGAGACUAACUAUAACGUUUUGAAAAGCCUGCAUGGUGGAGACAAAUCAGCCAAAAGAGAUCAAAGUGGCUGGCUGGAGGAGGAUAGGAGGAGGGAAGGAUUCAAGCCAGGCUGCCAGAGAAGAUGGUGGAUUACCUGGCCAACACGGAGAUCAACAGCCAGCGCAUCGCCGCGGUCGAGAGCUGCUUCGGGGCAUCCGGGCAGCCCCUGGCCCUGCCAGGCCGGGUGCUGCUGGGUGAGGGCGUGCUGACCAAGGAGUGCCGCAAGAAGGCCAAACCGCGCAUCUUCUUCCUCUUCAAUGACAUCCUGGUGUACGGCAGCAUCGUGCUCAACAAGCGCAAGUACCGCAGCCAGCACAUCAUUCCGCUGGAGGAGGUGACGCUGGAGCCGCUGCCAGAGACCCUGCAGGCCAAGAACCGCUGGAUGAUCAAGACGGCCAAGAAGUCCUUCGUGGUGUCGGCCGCCUCCACCACAGAGCGCCAGGAGUGGAUCAGCCACAUCGAGGAGUGCGUGCGGCGGCAGCUGCUGGCCACGGGCCGCCAGCCCAGCACGGAGCACGCGGCGCCCUGGAUCCCCGACAAGGCCACGGACAUCUGCAUGCGCUGCACGCAGACGCGCUUCUCGGCCCUCACGCGGCGCCACCACUGCCGCAAGUGCGGCUUCGUGGUCUGUGCCGAGUGCUCCCGAGAGCGCUUCCUCCUGCCGCGCCUGUCGCCCAAGCCCCUGCGCGUCUGCAGCCUCUGCUACCGCGAGCUGGCCGCCCAGAAGCGGAAGGAGGAGGAGGAGGAGGAGGAGCAGAGCGUGGGGUCCCCCCGGCAGCCGGCCUACCUGGCCGGGGCCAUCUGCGGAGCAUCCAGCGGGGACGAUGAUGACUCUGACGAGGACAAGGAGGGCAGUGGGGACGGUGACUGGCCCAGCCGCGUGGAGUUCUACGCCUCCGGCGUCUCCUGGUCGUCCUUCCACAGCUGACCCGAAUCUGCAGCUGUGCGGGAGGGCCUCCCGGGUCCCUUCUGCAUCCAGUCAGACUCCAUUGCCUGUGCUCCUGAGAGAACAGAGUUCCCAGACUGCCCAGCAGCCCCCAGGACCCUGCCCCGUGGGUGGCAGGCGCAGUGGGAAUGGCUCUUUCUCUCUCGGCCCCCAGUGCCUUUGGGCUGGACGUUGGCAGCCUUCUGCUCCACUUCAGGUAAUUCUCUUUCCAGUUAGCAAACCCAAACACUUCGGCCUCUUGGGAACAAAUUUAUUUCUCAGCCCUAUGAGCUGUAGCCCCAGAUGACCCCUUGAACUAGACAACCCCGGGUACCUGUCAGGACCAGAGGGAAGGUAGGACUGGCGCGAGGUCCCCUGUUCUCUGAGGACGUGCACCACAGCACCUGGCCCUGGGACAAGCACACCCCCAGGGAAGACCGGGAGCCCUAGAAACCACCGUCUGCCCGUGCAUCUUGCUGAGGCCCACUGGCCUGGGUGGCUGGGCCUUGUCAGGCCAGGCAUGUGGGCUCACCUUGAGCCAGUCAAGAGAGCCAUGCUCCGAGUACCCACCAGGCUUGGUGCAGCCUGACUCCUGGGGGUCCAGGGCAGUCUGCCCAGGCCUUUGGCCCCAUCUCACCUCUGUCCAGCUGUCCAAGAGUCUGAUGCCUCUCAGUCCAGCCCUCCUCUCUCUCUGUGGCUGGGGAAGGCAGCGUUUUCUGUUAGGACUCUUCACUGCAAGUGACAGAAACCCUACCUAGACUGAUUUAACAAUAAAAAGAACAUUUAUGGACUUGCGUGGUCAAAAAGUUCAGGAGGAUUUUGCUUCAGACAUGGCUUGUGAGGGGCUGAAACCAUGCUGGGUGGCAAAUGUCAACAAUUGUAUACCACGCUGGGUGUUCCUGGGAACAUUGGCAGCAUAGUGGGGUCAGACAUUCACACCACGUGGAUGUGUUCUUGGCUGGUUCCCAAGGAAACCUCGCCAUCCAUCUGGGUACUCUAACCAUGGC